AUGGCUUGUUCUCCAGGCGCGGCCCUGUUUCAAGCUCAGAAUGCUAAUAACCGUAUGAGUUUUGAGUUUUCAUUAGAAUUUUUGAAUCGUUUUUUCGAAAAAUGAUGACUAUAGGAAUCAUUCAAAAAUUACUGAGUUUAAUAAUCGUAUUUUAGGCUGUGUCCAAUGCAAACCAAUCUUCAUCCAGCCUGGAUGCGAGUCCACCUUCCACGACAAGCAGUUUGCCUGUGCAAUCCCGAUCAUCACCUACAGUUUGGCCAGGCAAGACAACUGUGGCCGCGCUUCCGUUCACUGCAAUUCCCUCGACUUCAAGACUUCCAACGCCCAAGUUUUGGUCCAAGUCAAGGAUCUCUCGACCAAUGAGACAACCUGGACUCCCAUUGGAGCUCCUCAACAGCUGAGUACUCAAGUGGUGCUGAGAUGUGGAAAUGAAUCUGUUUGGAACAUCGAUACGACUCCAGAUCAACUGGUUUCUCAGCCAGUGCUCGUUCGUUGUGCCCAUUCUGUGGUCCCUAGUGGGAAUGAAAUCGAUGAACAAAUUGUGGAUGUGCUUGAGGGAUCGGGCGAAGAAUAA